AAAUUAUCCAAUGAACAAUUGGAGUUGUUGUAGCUUUGAACCUAAUCCUAUUUUAUUCCCUCCAAGAACAAAUCGUACUUUAGUCCUCUGUUUCCACAUGCCACUCCAAAUCACCCGAAUAACACAAACCCGCACAUCGGAGUCCGAUGAUCAGACCCAUCUCCGGCGAUGAUCCGCCGGAAUCAGAUACAGGUUUCACCGGCGACAUAGCCAACAACAAUUCAGAUUCAGAUUCAGAUUCAGAUUCAUCGCCUCUGCUUAAAACCACCAACAAAAUCCCCAAAGACACAUUCAACAUAGCCUACACAAUCUACUUCAUCCUCGGCUGCGCCUUCCUCCUCCCCUGGAACGCCUUCAUCACCGCCGUCGACUACUUCUCCUACCUCUACCCGGCCGCCUCCGUCGACCGUGUCUUCGCCGUCGCCUACAAGCCCCUCGGCCUCUUCUCUCUCCUCUUCAUCGUCGCCUAUGCCCACAAACCCUAUUCCUAUAUCCGAGUCAACGUAGGCCUCUCUCUCUACGUUUUCUCUCUCCUCCUCGUCCCUGUUAUGGAUGUGCUUUACAUCAAGGGCCGCACCGGCCUCUAUGAUGGCUUCUAUGUCACGGUGGCGGCGGUGGCGAUUUCUGGUGUGGGAAGUGGGUUGGUUCAGGGUGGGAUCGUUGGGGCCGCCGGAGAGUUGCCGGAGAGGUAUAUGCAAGCUGUUGUCGCCGGGACUGGAGCUUCAGGUGUUCUCAUCUCAUUUCUACGAAUUUUUACCAAAGCUGUAUAUCCUCAAGAUGCCCAUGGCCUCAGAAACAGCGCAAAUCUCUAUUUCAUUUUAAGCAUUGUUGUGAUGAUCGUAUGUAUUGUUUUCUACAACGUUGUUGAUAGACUACCGUUUAUUAAGUACCAUAAAUAUCUGAAGAUUCAAGCUGUAAAUGAAGAAAAAGAAGAGAAAGGUGUCCUAACGGUGGUGCUCUGGAGGUCGGCUUUGUGGGACAUUGUUGGUAGAGUCAAAUGGUGUGGAUUUGGGGUCUUCAUCAUCUACGCCGUGACAUUGGCUAUAUACCCUGGUUGUGUUACAGAAGAUUUCCAUUCCCGGGUACUAAAGGACUGGUAUCCAAUCCUCCUCAUCACUUGCUACAACGUGUUUGAUCUAGUUGGCAAGUCUCUACCUGCGCUCUGUCUCCUUGAGAAUGUGAAAGUUACACUCGGUGCAUCUUUAGCAAGGUGGUUGUUUUUCCCUCUGUUCUUGGGUUGUUUGCACGGUCCUGAAUUCUUCCAAACAGAGAUCCCAGUAACGUUGUUGACUUGCCUUUUGGGCCUUACGAAUGGUUAUUUCAUCAGUGUCUUAAUGAUUUUGGCUCCCAAAAAUGUCCCACUGCAACAUGCAGAGAUUGCAGGGAACAUGAUGGUUUUGCUCUUGUUCUUUGGCUUGGCAACUGGUUCGGUUGUGGCUUGGUUUUGGGACAUAUGACUCUUUAGUGUUUUCAUGGUUUGUGCAGCAUUUGUUCUCUGGAUUUGGAUUGACCAACUGUUGGUUUUUUUUUAAAAAGAAAAAAUUUGUAAAUCUUCUGUUAACAAGUCUUUAUGAAGUUGUAAAAACUUGAAAAAAAUUGAAGAUUGGAUUUGAAGGCCUUGGUGUCUUA